AUUUAACCCACAUCAGGUGCAAAAAUUGUCCAGUGAAGCUGUCUAAGCAAAAGGAUACUCUACAUUUUGUCUUUGUCUCUGGCUUUGCACAGCUAGUUAUCAUAGAAUGCCUUCAGUUUCACAACAUCUACUAGUGUACACAACAUCAGUGCUGCUACUGAGCAUGAUGACAAAGGCACAAACAGGGACGUUCUAUCCAUUUGGCUCAGUGGCAGGUGACACAGACAGUUUUGCUAUUGAGGAUGAAAACUCCACUCGUAUUGAUCUUUGGAGUCCAUUUGCUUUCUUUGGCCGCAUAUACCAUACGAUAUAUAUUAAUAAUAAUGGAUACCUUACAUUCAACCAGUCUUCAUCAGAAUAUAUCCCCAAGCCUUUUCCUGCCAAUGGAAGUGAAGAUAUCAUAGCUCCUUUGUGGACUGACAUUGAUGUCAGUGAGAAUGGCGUGAUCUUUUAUCAACAAUACUCAUAUGGAAGUGUGCUCACUCGUGCAUCUCAGGACAUAAACCAGUAUUUCCCUGAUCUGAGCUUCCAUGCUACUUGGGUUUUUGUUGCAACUUGGGAUAAAGUUGCAUAUUUUUAUCACUCAGGCACGGAAACAUCUUUUCAAGUCGUUUUAAUAUCAGAUGGCAAUUUGUCUUUUAUUCUGAUGAAUUAUGGUGACAUUGCAGUGACACAAAAUGUAGUGCAGGCUGGAUAUGACACCGUAAACUCCACACCUUAUUUAGUAAUUCCUGGGUCAAACAGCGGAAGCAACAUUCCAAAUCUCAAAAACUCUAGUAAUGUAAAUGCUCCAGGGUGUUGGGCCUUCAGAGUGGACAGUGAACCAGAGCAUCAACACACCUCAAAUGAUUAUGUCAUUGGACUUCAAAUGAGACUUUCCACAUUUUUAGACCUGUCAGAGAUUGGAAAUAUUGCGAUUGUUUUAGAGAAACUAAAACAGCAGAUGAUCGAUCGUGGUCUACCAAACACAUUGACGCUGAACUUGAGAAGUGUACAAAAGCAAAACCCGUAAUAUUAUACAGGAAAAAAUCUUAAACUAGUGCACUGUGAUAUCAAAAGAUUUCUGGUCAUUGAUAUUGAUGUUAUCACUGUCAUUCUGUUUUUGUUUUCAUUUAACAUUUUCUCUCAGGUUAGCAGAAAUAACUUUCAGUUUUUUUAUUUAUUUUUUUUUGCUUAUUUAGAGGCUGUAUGCUUGUAACCGGGUCGUAUAUUCAUUGUAACAUUAAAUGAAAAAUAUACAUAUAUAUUCAAAUCUGUUCUUUUGCUUGCCACAAGGGGGAGACAGAAGCUUUGUGAGAUGUCCCAAUUUGACACUAUUCAGCCCCGCCGCUUUUCAGGGCUCCGCUGUUCAAAAAAUAAAUUCUUGUGGGCACAGAAAGUAUUUUAAACAGAAGCGAUGGUGUGAGGUUACGUGAAAAUGCCCUCUGCU